AUGGCCGACAGCACCACCCCCGUCCCCAAGACCUGCAAGGUCAUCCUGGCCGAGACCAUCGCCAAGAACCUCCUCGCCGAGGUCAAGGAGAGCCUCGACUCCAUGCAGUCCAAGGGCACCCAGCAGCCCCAGCUCGCCGCCUUCCUUGCCAACGACGACCCGGCUGCCGUCAAGUACGCCGAGUGGUCCAAGAAGACUUGCGAGGAGAAUGGCUUCAAGUUCGACCUCCGCGUCGUCAACAAGGACCUCCUCGAAGACGAAAUCAUGAGCGCCAACCACGACCCCGCCGUCGACGGCAUCAUCGUCUACUACCCCAUCUUCCCCAACAACCCCACCCACGACAAGUACAUCCAGGAAACCGUCGCCCUGUCCAAGGACGUCGAGGGCCUCUGCCACACCCACCUGCAAAACAUGUACUACAACGUCCGCUUCCUCGACCCCCGCCCACCUCAAAAGUCCCUGCUCCCCUGCACCCCGCUCGCCAUCGUGAAGAUCCUCGAGUACCUGCAAAUCUACAACUCCAUCCUCCCCUACGGCAACCGCCUCUUCGGCAAGACCAUCACCGUCAUCAACCGCUCCGAGGUCAACGGCCGGCCCCUCGCCGCCCUGCUCGCCAACGACGGCGCCACCGUCUACUCGGUCGACAUUACGGGCGUGCAAAUCUUUACCCGCGGCCAGGGCAUCAAGCAGCCCCGCCACCAGGUCCUCGACAAGGAGGGCUGGCGCGUCGAGGACUGCCUGCCCCUCAGCGACGUCGUCAUCGGUGGCGUCCCUAGCGACGGCUACAAGGUCAACACCGACCUCCUCCGCGACGGCGCCGUCUGCAUCAACUUUUCCUCGUUCCGCAACUUUGACGGCCCUGCUGUCAAGGAAAAGGCCUCCAUCUACGUGCCCUCGGUCGGCAAGGUCACCAUUGCUGUUUUGUUGAGGAACCUCUUGCGUCUCAUCGACAACAGGCAACCCAACGAAGCCCCCAAGUCCGAGUCUUAA